GCCUGUGCUGCUUAUUAACAAACAAGCAAACCCUUUAAAGUCUUUCUUCAUCGCCGAAGCUGCCAAUCGCCUGCUUUCUUCCCAAAGCCGGUGAAAAUGACCAAGAGAACGAAAAAGGCUGGAAUUGUCGGCAAAUAUGGUACACGAUAUGGUGCCAGUCUUAGGAAGCAGAUCAAGAAGAUGGAAGUGAGUCAGCACAGCAAGUACUUCUGCGAGUUCUGUGGAAAGUACGCCGUUAAGAGGAAAGCUGUUGGCAUUUGGGGUUGCAAAGAUUGCGGGAAAGUUAAAGCAGGCGGUGCUUACACUAUGAACACGGCUAGUGCUGUGACGGUAAGGAGUACCAUUAGGCGGUUGAGAGAGCAAACCGAGAGCUAGAUCAAGGAUCGUAACCGGUUUAUCAUCAUCAUACACAAAGUCAUUUUUGUUCUAUCAAAUAAAUAUUGAGUCCCUAGGCUUACGUUACCUCAUUUUUUGGCUCAGAUUAUCAGUAUUAUGUCCUUUUCUUCUCUAUUCUCCAGUCCACUCUCUUUGGAUUCUUCCUCCUUUGGUUUUUUCUUCUUCUUUUUUGGUUUUUUCUUCUCUUUUUUCUGUAUUGAACCUGCCAUUGACCAAGGUUUCUUCCUUCUUCUUAAUAAAGUUCUUGUUAGAUUUGAGUUGUGAUUAUAUACUUGUUAUCAGUCGUACACUGCCCGAGGAACUCCAGUUUGGCUCCGAAAGGAAUUAUCAAAGGAUUAUUUUUUUGUUUGCAAUUUGAAUACGUUAAUAAAUGAUUUUGUUUCUGAA